UCCAAACCGUCCGAAAUCUCUCCUUGUCUUUAUCAAUCCGUACGGUGGGAAGAGGCAAGCAGAAGUGAUUUUCUAUCAGACUGUUCGACCGAUAUUUGAUCUGGCCGGAAUUCGUUCUACAGUCAUAGUGACAUCUUAUCAAGGCCACUGUCAGAAGUACAUGCUCACUGAAGAUAUUCAUUCAUAUGAUGGAGUGGUAACAGUUGGCGGAGAUGGCUUAUUUUCGGAACUCCUUCAAGGACUUUUAUAUAGAACACGCGCAGAUGCUAAGCUCCCUCUUUACGAGCAGCAUAAGCCAUUCUCCAAAGAGCUAACCCCCCGACUCCGAAUCGGACUGAUUCCAGCUGGUAAAAUUUGCCACAAUCCGUUGUGCAUUUUGCGCUGA